UGUAUCAGUCAGUACAGUGCAAUGACAGCUACAGUGUGUGCGGUUUCGCCGGAGAGCGUUCAUCAGAUAGUUAACAUUUUCAAUAACCGCAACUAAGAACGUGCCAUUAAUUUAAACCUGUGCCAGUGCCCGCGCGCAUUUCAAUCAGUGCAUGCUUGAAAACACGUAGCCGGUGCUUCCGCAGAGUGCAAGUGCUCUGAUAAAACGAUGCCAAUUUGGAAUAUAGCGCGGUGAAAUUUUCUGUUCAACAAAAAUCAACCGGACCAAUCGACUGUGUCCUGAUCACGAUCAGGACCGCUUCGAUCGUUGGUUAAAAAAAUUACUCAGCCAGGAUGCAUGCCAUGGGCGUACAUUCGGCUUUGGCCAUCAAGCGGCAGCGCAAACGACGAGAUGAGCAAAGGCGAGCCAGGGACCGACGCUUCAGCGUGCAGUCCACCGAAAGUGGCUUCACGUCUCCAAGCCACUCGCCCCUGGCCAGCGCCGAGCGCCUCGAGGCCCGCAGAGGCCGCGGUAGAAGCUCCGAGUCGCCAGGGGUAUCCAGUAUUGGAAUGCUACACAUCGGAGUCGUGUUCUUAGUCUUGGGAAUCUUUCUUCUUGGAGCUGGAAUUCUGCCAGAAGAUAUCACGGAGUGGAACGAUCCUUCUGCAUGGGGGCACGGUUGGUGGAAUGAAUUAGUGUGCACUGGUCUGUUCGCCGUUGUACUCGGAGUGUUUUUGAUUAUUCUCAAUAAGUUCUUAUCGAGACGAGAAGAAGAAGAUUUGGAAGAUUAUGUCCAGCGUCAACUGACGCGUUCGAGAUCAGGUCAUAGACUAGAAAGAGAUGUGGAAACCGGGGUAUUGACAACCAGACAUGCUAGAAGAGCCCAAAAUGCUCUGAAGGACCUGAAUAGUAGCGCAGCUGAUCUUUCUGGCGCCGACUUGACCCCGGUGGGCCCCACAAGUCCACGCUUGGAUCCACAACCACUUGUACUUGAACAAAUUUUGGAGGAAACAACACCAGAUUCCAGAAGCUUUGUCACUUCGAAUCUGAGUCCCGUGUCGCCUUCGGAUACUAAGCUACUGCUCAAAAACGGAUAUCCUGCCGGCUUGUCGGUUUAAGAAACGGAUCAGCUCGAUGUUUUGUCGAUUUGGUGUUAUUAAAAUGCACGCUCUCAUUUAUAUUAAGAUAUUUAUCAAACAUAUAUAAUCGUGCUGUGCGCAAAUUUAUAUCUGUAAUACUCAAUAUGUAUCAAUUGAUAAGUGAACUUAUAAUGCAAAUUCAGAAUGUUAUUUGAGCAUAAUACACAAACAGCGUCUGAACGAACUCUUUACUCGUGUAUUGAUAAUUUCAUAAUUCAUCGUUCGAAGGCUUCGGAUUUUUUUUUAAAUCAUAACCAAUCGCAAUUUCGAAUGAUCCGAUAUUACAGUAGUUGUGUAAUAUGAUGCAAAUAACAUUUUGAAUUCGCCUAUUUUCUAAACAUAUACAAGUGGUCUCUAGCGCUACUUCAUCACUUUUUAAUAUAACUACCUAAAUAUAUAGUAUAUGUGAUGCAUAAAUUUAAACGUAAUAUUGAUGCAAAUAUGUAAGGUUUUAACGCACGAUCUUCUCGCAUAUAAACUUCACUCGCGUGUUGCUGUGAAGAAAAAUCGUCCAACAUUUUCGUUGGACGAGACUCUUGUGUGAUCUUAAACGCUAAGGCUGAAUAUUCUAGUAUUUAAUUUGUGAUUUCUGUGUUUUAAGUUUGCUGAACUAGUAGCACAUUCCAUAUAUCUAUAAUCAUCAUCGCUUAAGAAUUUCCU